GUUUAUACAAUGCCAAUAAUAUUGGCAACAUUAAUUUCGCCGCUCGGAUAAUAUACCGCGAAAGGUGUAGUGGGCAUUCAAAAUGGCCCAGAAGCGUAACUCCAAGACGAAACUACCCAACCUGUCUCUGGCCGAAGCCCAUCGUAAAGCUGACCAGUACUCUCUGAGUGAUCUGCACCAUCAGACCAAUGCUGCAGCCAAGCAGGCCAUUCUCCAUGAACUCCACUCAUCGAUGCAGCUCCGAGCAGAGAGGAUACGUCUUCACCAGAAAGGUUCCUCCGACACUCGUUACGAUGGUGACGAACGUCUCAGAGGAGGAGCUGCUGGAAGGGAGCCCAUGACUCGAGCCCCCUUUGGAUAUCAAACAAAACAUGUAACUUUUCAUGAGGCACACCUAGAGCCAAGGGCACAGUCCCGAAUCCCUAUUCCAGUUCAUCCUGACCCUAGCCAAAGGUUAAGGGGUCACCAGGUCAAUGGUGUUCAGGGUCAGGCUGGUAGAGGCAGGACCAGACCAAAUGUAAGAAGAGGAGGGGAUGGUGACGGUAGGCAUGGAGAGAAAGCUGUUCCAGUGACCUACGAGUAUACAUGGGGACAAAGAGGAAGACUGAAUGAACUUAGAAUCAGGUUUCUAGCAAGGAAGUAUUUCAAGCUGUGGAGGAGUAAUGCUUGCACUGGUAUCAGGCCUUCUGUGAUUAGGGAGCAUUACAAUUCUCGGUUGCUGCGGAAGAUGUUUGAUGAGUGGAGAGAGUUCUGGUGGACGCAACGCCGAGAAUGGACACUAAUGAUAAGAGCAGAGUAUCAUCACAGAUACAAGAUUUACCAGCAUGUGUGGAUGUCCUGGAGAAAUUUUGUUGUUAGAGAGAAAGUGAAGAAUGCCAAGAAAGAAAUCUCAACUACCCAUGCCUCAAAUUUACUGCUUAACAAGGCUCUAACGGCAUGGAAGCAGUAUGUAACACAGAGAAGAGCAAAGGCAAUAUUAAAGCAAAGAGCCAAGAAGUUUCACCAGGCACGCGCUCUUCAGUUGUGUUGGAAUGAAUGGAAAGCUGCUAUGUACCAGCGUAGAGAGGAGGGAGAAGCCGAGGUGUUUGCUUUGCAGUACUGGGCAGAGAGUGUCACACAGAGGGCAUGGAAUGCAUGGAAGAGAAGAUGGACUGAGAGGCAGGAGAUGAAGAAGAAUGAGAGGCUUGCUGAGCACCAUCAUGAGAAGAAACUGGUAUCCCGGUGUUACUACCAAGGCUUUCUAACGUACACUCAUCACAGGAAGAAGAAAAAAAGGAUCAAUGCACAAGCUUGCGAGGUGUAUUCAGACAGACUCUUGACCCAUGCCUGGCAGCACUGGAACCAGAGGUGGUUUACGCGUCGAUCCCUGGCACAGCGCCAGGAACAGGUGGACCAUCUUGGAAAUAGAUCCAGGAUGAGGAGGGUUCUUACCCACUGGAGAUUCUAUAUUCAUCUAGUUCAUGUUGACAGGAGUAAAGAAUACAUAGCAAGGACACAUCACAACACACAGCUCAAGAAACUAGGCGUACUGAUGUUGAGGCUUGCUGUGGCACAGAGAAAGGUGAAAGGGAGAAGAACAGAGCAAGCUAUAGAGCUACAUCAACAGAUGUUGGUGAAACGUUGUUGGAAUCAGUGGAUCUUACAGUGUGAACACAGAGAGGAGCUUAGACUCUUCUCAGCUACAAGGAAAGCAAGAAAAAUGCACAGGAAACGCCUUCUCAACUCAGUGGUCCAUCAAUGGUGCAAUUACACAGUGUGGAGAAGGCAUCGCAAGGAGCAAUAUGCGAGGGCAGAUGAUUAUUAUGCCAGAAGAAAUUUGCUCCCUAAAUGCAUCCAGAGACUGAGACACAAUGCUGAGCUGGAGAAGAGGAAGAGCGCACUCCAAGCACAAGCAGCUGAAUUCUACAGGGAAGGUCAGCUGGGAAGGUGCUUCUAUCGUUGGUGUCAUUCCUUUCAGUUGAGUCAAGACAUCAGGAUGAUGGAGAGAAUGGCUUUCCUACACCAUGAGAGCAUACUGAGUAAGAGGUUCUUCACAGAAUGGAGGGAGAGGACAAGGUCUAAACUGAAGGAGUCAGAAAAGAUGUAUCGAGCCAUGGACCAUCAUCACCUAUCCCUGUGUACUAAAGCUCUCAGCAGGUGGAUUGAAUUCACUGGAGAAGCCAGACAGAGGAGUGAAUUUGAGAGGAUAGCUGCCCAGCAUGAUUAUAGACAAAGAGCCAGAAGGACAUGGGACAAAUGGAGAGAGUAUGUUUCACAUCGUAGAUGCAAGGCAGUAAAGAAGAGCAGAGCUGACCUGUAUCAUCACAGAAAACAGAUGAGAAAGGUCUUUACUGCGUGGAAGCAACACUGUCAACAGAUGCAUGGUGUCUAUAAAGUUGUAGCAGUCAAGGAGUCAGCUGUUAAUCUUAGGAGGCUCAAGCAUGCAUUUUCUGACUGGAGGGUUUGUGUCGAGACAGCCAAUGAGGAGAGAUCAUUGGAGAGGAUAGCAGUCCAUCAUAGGAAUACAAUGAUACUCAGCAAGGUUUAUUAUAAGAGCUUGGCACACCAAUGCUCAGCAGCAUGCUGCUAA